AUGAACAAUUUUCACAUUUAUGAGGAGGUUGGAAGAGGCAAAUACUCUGUAGUCUAUAAGGGUAGAAAGAAGAAGACUAUAGAUUAUGUUGCAGUGAAAUCUGUGGAGAAGACUCGAAGAAAGAAGGUCCUUAAUGAGGUCAGAAUAUUCCACAAUCUCAAAAAUAGACAUGUCCUCAAGUUUUAUAAUUGGUAUGAAACUAGAAAUCAUCUUUGGAUUAUCUUUGAGUAUUGUGCAGGAGGUGAUCUUUUUUAAUUGAUCGAACAAGAAAAAAAGGUUUGA